AUGGCAACGUCGUCAGAGGUGGCUUCAAGGACCCUCAAAGAUCGGUAUCGCCAUUGUGCUGGGUUGUAUCAUCGACUGAACGUUCAAAGAGGACUCACUGAGAUUGCUCUUGGCGAAUGGGAAAGACUCGCAGAAGUAAAAACCCACACGUUAGCAUAUUUGAGCCUCUCUGAGGUAGACGCAAAGAUAGAUGACAUCGUCGAAUGCCUCCUCGGCAAAUCUCAUCACAUUUACCCUUUAGCGACCUUAGAUGGAUCUUCCCGAGAUGUGAUACCACCACGGAUUCCUCUUUUCGAUACCUCGUCUAAUCUCAUAACUACUUCUACGAAGUUCAUGUACCCUUCAUUUGCCGUUACGCACUUCGUCGACCGAGCCAGAGCUUUGAAAAAACUCGAAAGAUACUUCGGUCCCGCAGAUGAUGUGAUAGGUGUUCAAGCUCCCAAAAUUGUGGUGCUGCAAGGCAUGGGUGGCUGUGGAAAAUCUCAAUUGGCACUAAAGUACUGCGAAAGAGCGCGUCGCCACCGAAAGUAUGAAAUGAUCUUCUGGAUCGAUGCCACUUCCCCCGAAACUGCUCUGCAAAGCUUCUCGAAAGUUGCCGAGGCUUUAUCAAAGCCCGCUUAUGAAGCAACGGAUUCUGAAGCGAACUUCCGUUAUGUCAUAAGGACCCUCGAUAAAGAAAAUCACCGAUGGCUUCUUGUAUUUGACAAUUUCGAUGGGCCAAGUUCCUUUCGUACCAAGCGUCUCAAAGACUACUAUCCUUCCGUCGGACCGGGUUCAAUCCUCAUCACUAGUCGACAAGCGGAAGUCAGAUCCAUGGGAAAUCAUUCACUUGAAGUGACUCGGCUUUCGAAAGCUGAGGCUCUUGAGGUUCUUCUUCGUCGGACAAGACGGAACUCGCCUGAGCAAGAUGUUACAGAUGCAACCAAAAUCAUCGAGCGACUAGGUUACCACGCUCUAGCAGUAGACCAAGCAGGUGCUUAUGUUCUGAAACGAGGCAUGGCAUUCGCAGCCUACCUUGAAUCCUACAAUCAACAAAGAAAGAAGGUUCUCAAUGAAGCGCCGGAGAUUUGGGACUACACGAAAAUUUCUAAAGUCAGUGAUGAAGGUGCAAGAAAUUGUACCGUGUUUGCCACACUUGAGUUGUCCCUCAAGUCACUAUCAGGAAAGAGGUGCGAGCGAGAAAAUAAACAACAUAUACUGACAUUGAUGGCAUUUUUCGAUAUCAACAAACUCACCGACGCCCUCUUUGCCCCUCAUGGAUCGGCAACUCGGAGCUGGUUGCCAAUAUGCCAAGGCGCAGACGGCUGGAACAAUGAAACACUCCGAGACAUCUUAAUUGAACUGCAUAAUCUCUCACUACUGCAAAGUCUGAAUAUCGAUUCUUCGGAAGCAUCCUUCACUAUCCACCCACUUAUCCAGGACUGGCUCAAAGCACGACUUGGAACUCAAAGAGCGAAGCAGUACCUCAAUGAAUCUAUGCUGAUUCUGUCCAAAUACGUAGUUAGCUAUAGUUCAAGACGUCAAUGGGUUAAUUUGAACCUCCAGACCAAACAACUCAUGUUCGCACACGUCGAUGCUUCAAUUGCGACAACGCAAGAGUUCCACGAUUCCUGGAACUUUGUGCAGGGGACAGACCUGCUAGAUAGCGCAUCUGCUUACUACAAGAUCCUUGGUCGUCAAGGCCACUACCAAAGAGCCGAAGAAUUGUGUAAAGUCGUACUUCCUAGGACAACCAAUCAGUUUCGAGAAGAACACCCUAAAAGUGUCACACUCAUGUACGAGCUCGCCACAUAUCUCUUAAAUCGAGGGAAAUAUGAUGAAGCAGAGCCGCUGCUACGUAAGUGCGUUGCAGCUGAUUUUAAAAACCAUGGGAAAGAAGAUAUCGCAACACUGGGAAGCAUGAACAGCUUGGCCGAUUUGCUUGUCUGCCAGAACAGGUACAAGGAGGCCGACGGAAUUUUAGAGGAAGUAAUGGAGGUGUCGAUGAGAGUACUGGGUAGAGACCACGACCAGACAAUACGCAUCAUAAUAAAUAAGGCUCGUAUUCUUAGAAAACUUGGAAAACACAGCGACGCAGAGCCCAUAUUGAAAGAGAAUCUAGAAAUUUCCAUAAGGGCGCUUGGGAUUAAACACCAGACAACCUUGAAAGUCAUGAAUAAUCUUGCGCGUUGUCUGGAGAAAAUGGGGGAACUCGGAGAAGCCGAAACUAUUUUUCGGGAAGUUUUGAGCUCGGAGGAGGAAGACCAUGGACCGGAUCAUCCACGAAUACUUAAGUCGAUACAUGAUCUGGCUUUUAAUCUUUGCGGUCAACGGAAGCUUAUAGAAUCGGAAGAGCUCUUCCGGCGCGCUUAUACUUUGUAUGAGAGCAUCGUCGGCUGGCAACACCCACAAUCUAUCAAGUUUCUCGGAUGGAUGGCAGACUGUUUGCAAGACUUGGGCAAACAUGAAGAGGCAAGAAGAAUUCGAAGUUUGAGGAAGGAAUCGAAGACAGCGAGAGAGAAACGGCUGCUGGAAGAGAAGAUCUCUCAAACGGCUAUUGGAGACUGA